AUGCUGGCAGCUUAUGCCACUAUUCCCCUUCUUGUCAACUUUGUCAUUCAUCUUAUUAUCGCUCUGGAGUCAUUCUACACGGGUCUUGCUGUCCAUAGUAUCAUACAAUGGCUCGUUUGGCGCACUCUACCUCCUGACUGCCCACAUUGUGACCACCGACUACGCCCAGACUUUCCAGAGCUACCAUGGCUUGAUCGCCUACGAGAGCGACGAGAUGGAGAUUAUUCGGCGUUAUUUGUGGAUGAAGAGGACAUGUAUCACGAUGACGAGACCGAAGAGACGCUACAACGUGCUGAGAGUGCUGCGCAGGAGGCCGAGGCGCAGCCGGAGGUUGUUGAUGUCAGGAAGAAGAAUAAUCGUAGGAACAGGACAAAUACCCCUCCAUCGCGAGAUGAACCUGCGUCUCCAUGGGGCGCCUCAUGA